GUUGCAGCCUUUGGAAUACUAGAAACCCUGAAGAUGAAGACGUUUAUAGUUUUAGUUGUCUUGACCGCGAUCUGUGGAAGUCAAGCUGCUAUUGCAUCAAGGAUUUUUCCAUUGAUUGCACCUAGAGAUCUUAUAGGACCACCAGCCGGAGAUGAUCCCGCAACGAUCUGCGGUGGAGCAUUUGGGGAGAAAUGUAAAGACUGCUUCUCCAUGUUGAUUUGCUUAGGUAAUAAUCCACCCUCCGAAGCCAAAUGCCCAGAUGCUACACCUUACUGCGACAAAACUAGACCUUCUGGCGUCUGUGUAAAGGAUAAACCAGCUGGUGAUCCAACAUGUGAAGGACCUCCACCAACUGGUUUCAUAUGCACUGCUGCAGAGGGCUUCUUCCCUCAUCCAACAAACUGCAGUCAGUACUUUGAGUGCUUAAACAACGAAGCCAUCAAAUAUGAUUGUCCACCUGGAUAUUCCUGGACAACCAAUGGAAUGGGAUGCAGGCAGAGGACCUCGACAAUACACUGUGGAACAAUCACCUGCAAAGCAGGAGACGUAACUGCUCCACUAUCCAAUAAUGCGACUUUCUUCGGAUACUGUAACAUUGCAGAAGCUCUUGAGAACAUCAUUGUAACCAAAUGCCCAGGUGCUCGGCAGGUUUACGACACAUCUCUGAAAGCUUGCAACUUCGUAUGUCCAAGCGAAGGACUCUUCGAAGACGAUAUUGAUCCUACCUUUUACUACGAAUGCUACAAAUCGGGCACGAAAAUUGUCUACGAAUCAAAACAAUGUUCUAACAAUCGUACCUUCAUCGAACGCGAAAGGCAAUGUGUAGCAGCUGACCAAGGUCAAACACCCGUUCUCGUUUUGUAAAACUUUUCCCAAAAUAAUAUCUCCAAAAACAAUACAAAAUCACUUAUCACAGUGUAAACAAUCACUAUCAGACCAUUAAAGAGCACUUAGAGUUUAACAAUGCUUGUAUAUUCCUAAUUGUGUGCAAUUGAAAGUUUGUGGGGGGAAUUGUUAAAAGUUGGCAAAACACCUCGCGCCAAAAUUCUUCACUAUGAAAAUUUGUAUAAGAAGUUUUCUUGAAGUGAAUGCUCAAUCAUUGGCAGUUCUUCCUCAAGUGAGAAUUCAACUGUUUUACUGUUUUUGAUUAUUAUGAUAAAUUUUCUAGUAAAAGUAUUCUUUACAAAUAAAGAGAACUGAAAUAUA